GGAGCCGGGGGGCUGGAGUCUGCGCGCUGGCGGUGCGCGGGCGGAGGUUUGGAAGCCGUUGAUUCCAGCUCUCAUGGAUGACACUGAGAGGUCCAGGACUUCAGUGGAGGAAGUAACUGCAGAUGUGGUGGAAAUAGCAUUAGAACCGGAAGUAGAGCCUGAAGAUGGGACUGCUGCCAUCUCAUGGUAAAACUUGAACCAGUGGAGAGUUGCUUCUUACAGAUGAGCAAAGACGUUGGUUUUUCAAGAUGGAAUCUACUGCUGGUGAAGUAACUUCCGACUGAAUACAGCAGGGAUUCUGGCAAUUUGGAUUCUUGCUGGGCUGAACUUGAUGGAGCACCCUGGUUCCUGGGAACACUUCAGAGCCAGAAAGGUGACAAGGAUGUCUUAAUGAAGGAGACUUCUGGACCCCACUCAAGGGCGGGGCUAUUGCCAGGACGACCAAGCAGGCCAUGGGGGAUCAGGACCUACCUGGCGUUUUGGUGUCUGGAUUGGAAGGACCUCAUGGUAUAUGUGAGGAUCACAUUGGAGAUCUGCAGAAACACUUUACUCUCAUUACUCUGCAAGAAUUUUUGGAAAAUAACACACGAUUCGGUCCAAAGGUCCAAGCUGUAUACAUCUGGGGCGGAAAGCCAGCCGUUACCCAGGAGCUCCUGCAGAGUCUGCCCUCCUUGAAGAUAAUUGCCAGUGCAGGAGCAGGUCUAGAUCACCUGGACCUGAAGCUCAUUGCCAGCUGUGGUGUGAAGGUGGCCAACACACCACAGGCGGUUUCCAGUCCCACAGCAGACAUGGGGAUGGCCUUACUGCUGGCCGCAGCUCGCAGAGUCGUGGAAGGUCAUAGGUUGGCUAUUGCACCGGAUACAGAGAACUUUUCUACAAACUGGAUGGGUCAAGAAGUUACAGGGGCCACUCUGGGAAUCAUCGGCAUGGGCAGCAUUGGCUAUAAGAUUGCUCAGAGGGCCAGAGCAUUCGAAAUGAAGAUUCUGUAUCACAAUAGGAAACGCAGGAAAUUAGAGGAGGAGGAGGCUGUUGGGGCCACUUACUGUGAGAGUCUGGAUGACCUGCUUCAGCGAUCGGACUUUGUGCUGCUGGCCGUGAGCCUGACGCCCCAGACCCAGAGGCUGAUUGGGAAGAGGGAGCUGAAUCUGAUGAAGCCCACUGCCAUUCUCGUCAACAUCGGCAGAGGUACUUGCCUGCGCCACGGUCUGUGCGGAGGCCCGCGGGGCUGCAAAGUCUGCAAAGUCGGCCCAGCUCGACCUUCUCCUGGACAGCUGUGGGUCCAGAGAGUCCGUGCGCACUGGCGGGUGAUGAGCUCAAGGGAGUUUCUAUUUAGAGAUAUUUCUGAUUUUUGUUUUCACAUCAUUUCAAGCCUCAAAUUAGUAACAAAAAGGAUGAGAAUAGUACAGUAUGGGGUUUUCACAUCCCAAUUAGGGCAUCUACUUUGGGGCAUCACAGUUUGGUCUUCUAGGUGUGAUUAAGCAAAAUUUAUGGGGAUACAUUUUCUGAGCCUUCACUUUAAAAAAAUUUCUUUUAAGUGUGAGAACGAGGCGGGGAGGGGCAGAGAGAGGGAGAGAGAA